AUGCAAUUGAGGUUCACGUUCCAUUUUUUCUUUUUCUCUGUCCUUUUCCUCCUAGCUACGUCUCAAAAGCAACAGCAGAUAAUUGGACUUACACAUAGAUUAGUUGAAGCUACAAAGCCUAAGGAGAAGAUUGCAAUAAUUGGUAGCGGCGCAGGAGGAUCAGCGACUGCUUACUACUUACAAAGGUUUGCAAAUACUAGCUAUGACAUUACAAUCUUUGAGAAAUCUAACUAUAUUGGUGGCAGAUCCACCACGGUUAAUGUCUAUGAUAACUCCUCCUGGUACGUGGAGCUAGGAGCGUCUAUAUUUGUCUCAGCCAACAGGAUUCUCAUGAAAUCUAUUGAAGAAUUUGGACUCGAAACUAGGAAGUAUGGAGAACAGAUUCAAAAGCAGCAGAAUGGCAUACAGAAUUCUAUCGGAGUUUGGAAUGGAACAGAGUUUAUUUUAACAUUGAGUGACACUUGGUUUAGCAAAGCAAAAUUGUUGCUAAAAUAUGGCUUAUCACCUAUUAAAAGUUUGUUUUUAACAAAAAGUUUUAUUGGCACGUUUAUUGAGUACUACUACGAGAAGGAGUUUCCAUUUGCAAACUUGACUGAAGUUACAAUUCAGAGCAAUUUUUCUCAAGCAACGAACAUUAGCGGACUUAGUUUUUUUCGAGAGAAAGGUAUUUCUGAUUCUUAUUCUUUUGAUUUCAUCCAGUCAAUAUCAAGAGUUAACUAUGCUCAAAACCUAGAAGAUAUUCAUGGGAUUGGAGCUUUGGUGAGCAUUGCAGCAGAGAAUGCAUAUCAGGUCAAAGGAGGCAAUUGGAAGAUUUUUGAGAAAUUCAUUUCGUAUUCUAAUUCAACCCUCAAACUCAAUACCGAAGUAACCAAGAUUUCUAAAACAAAAAAUGCGUGGAAUGUCACCUACACUGAUAUUUCAAAUUCAGAUUCUGCCUCAAGCAACUUUGAUAAAGUCAUUAUAGCAGCCCCUCUUGAUCAGACUGAUAUUGAGAUUAGCGGAGCCCAAACUCCGAAGACUGCCGACUACGUGACGUUGCAUGUUACGCUUCUCGCGGUGAACGGAACUUUGAGCGAACAGUACUUCUUUGGCAAUACUACAAACAAAAGCAAAGUUCCUCGAACAGUACUUACUACAGUAUUGCCUGAAAAAGAUGGUAUUGGCACUGAGAGCUUACCUUUCUUCUCUGUUGCAGUCAACGACUUCAUUGAGGAAACAGGAGAUUAUGUAUACAAGAUAUUUUCUCCUAAAGAAAUAUCGGAUGAAAUGUUGCAGUCUCUUUUUCCCAUAUAUUCUAAGUUAAGCUGGAUUCAUAGAAAAAUAUGGAAAUCCUAUCCUAAGCUCAAACCUAUUAGUGAAUUUGGUAACUUUAAAGUUGAUGAUAAUCUUUGGUAUUUGAAUAUCAUGGAGCAAUUUAUCAGCACAAUGGAAACAUCGGCUUUGGCUGGAGCGAAUGUAGCGGCUUUAAUUUCCAAAGGAAAAAAUUCAACAGAAUUGAAACUUCCUUAA